UUCAUCUUUAUUCUGCAGAUUUCUCGGUACUCGGCUAGCUCGACGCUAACCGAGAUGAAAUCGUCAACGAAUUCCUGAUGUUACCCCUUGAAGAAAGCACUUCCGACCAUUUUCUUCGAUUGGAGUUGCUGUCACCGUUUUCUUUAAUGAAAAUGAGCUUGAUUCACCCUGCAGCAGCAACAACCUCCCGAUGGAAAGUCUUCUUUUCACUGGGAUGCUUUUGCAUGUUGUUUCACGUAGCUCGCGGCGAACAGAGGUUCGUGCAAGAACCGGAAGACGUGACGGUGAAGCAUGGCGAAGCAAUCACUCUCCCCUGUCGGGUUGCAGAUCGCAAAGGGACGGUGCAGUGGACCAAAGAUGGGUUCGGUCUAGGGACAGAUGAAGAACUUCACGGUUUCAGCAGAUACACUAUGGUUGUCAACGAAGACGAAGGCAUCUUCAACCUACACAUCCAGCCAGUCUUGAUAGAGGAUGAUGCCCAGUACCAGUGCCAAGUGGGGGGGGCAGCUGGUGAGAGACACCUCAAAUCGACGACAGCUAAAGUCACUGUCCAUUUUCCGCCGACGGACUCUGAAGAUCAGGUCCAUUUGGAUAAAGCAUCUCCAAUGUUGGCUACAGCGGGCUCUCCCGUACGUAUUACCUGCGAGGCGGGAAUGAGCACCCCGGCAUCCGAGAUCAAAUGGUUCCUCAACGGCGAGGAGAGCUUCGCCAAGAAGAGCGUUAACACCACCAAAGAGAAACAACCCAGGAGCAUCUUGGUGGCCGUCAGGAGCCGCCUUGACAUCGUCCCCUCCCGGGUGCAUCACGAGGCCAACAUCACCUGCCAGGUGUUGCAUCCGGCGCUGAAGGAACCCAUUAGCAGAAGCCUCAUCAUGACAGUCAAGUACCCGCCCGAGGUGAAGAUCCAGGUCGACUCGGCCAAGAUCAAAGAGAAUGAUGAUGUACGAUUCACAUGCCAGGCGGAGGGCAAUCCGCCUGCCCUCAGGUACAGGUGGGAGGUCAACGACAUAGGGGUCGUCGGCGACCACAAGACAGAGUACAUCAUCCACAAGAUCCAAAGAGACAGCAACAAGGCCAAGGUCGCCUGCAUCGUUGCCAAUUCCAUCGGAUCGACCAAAGCUGAGCACACCAUCAGCGUUGAAUAUUCGCCGAGGUUCAACAAGGAACCGGUGGAUGUGGACGCAGACGAAGACCAGAAGGUGACCCUUUCCUGCGACGUUGAGGGAAAUCCUCCAGCCCAGAUCGUCUGGCUACACAACAACCAAAACAAGGUGAUCAAAGUGGGUGCCACCUACCAACUUACAGUGACACCUGAGACCGUGGGCACCUACGAAUGUCGUGCAACCGUGACAGGGUUUCCGGAGGAGAAGAGGACCAUGGAUGUGUUCAUGAGAGGCCCUCCUGUAGUGACCCCAGUGGAGGAGCAGUUCGGACUCGAAGGAGACACGGUCAGCGUGGAGUGCGACAUACAGUCCAUGCCAAGGCCGGCUGCAGUCGUUUGGAAGAGGGAAAGAUACACGAUCGAUCCAAAUCAGUCACGAUAUAACGUCCUUCAAGAAAACACGAAGGCCGGCAUCAAAAGCAUCCUGAUCAUCCAGGAAGCCAUGCCAGAAGACUUCGGCCUCUAUAACUGCACAGCCAAAAAUGGCUAUGGGUCCCACACUCACGAGAUCAUGCUGAAACGACAGCUUUGCCAUCUGGACAAGGAGAUGGCAAUAAGAAUUGCAUUUAGAGAGAGUUUACCCCUGGUGACGACCCUUGUUGCCAUCAUUGGAGGCAUUAUUUUCCUCAUUGUAGUCGUCGUGGUCAUUGUCCUCUUCAAGAAGAAAGGAAAAGGAUACAAAGACUCGGGCAUAGAGAAACACAGUAUGCGAUCGAGCGACAGAUCUUCGACCCACGACUCGGUUCUCAAAGUGGAAACCCGGACAGCUACCGGAUCAGACAUUUCGCCCUCAGAGGACGAUGACUACAGUUCUCAUGACGAGUGGGAGACUACCGACACCGCCACCUCUAACGCCAGGCGCCAUGACCACCUCAGAUACUCCGCAGGGGAGUUCGUAGACCCACUUUUCCCGCCAAAGGAGGGAGUCAACAACAACAGCGGAGGAUACGUACAAUACACAGACUAUUCCAGGGACUACAAUCCACCGCCGCCACUCAGCUACAACCGCAAUUCCCUCUACUCUGGAGCUGCUCCCCAGUUCACUAACGUCGACCCCAGGUACUCGGCAGCCUACGGCAACCCGUACCUAAGAGUCCCUUCGAAUUCUCGAAGCACCCAGAAUCUUUACGGCUCGUCCGGUGGCCUGGCCAGCCAAGGUCCCCCCGUCAGCGGACCCCUUCCAGGAAGCAACGGAGGGCUCACUUUAGCGGGUGGGGUUCCUCUCUACGCUGCCGGAGCUCAAAACCUCAACAACAACCUCAAUAAUGUUAACAACAACUCUGCCGGUUAUGGACAGAUAGGUAACGCCAGGAACAACCUGCGAGGUAGUGCUAAUAUGAACAACCAGUACAUAAUGGUCCCCCAGGGCGACUCCAGGCAUGGCGUCCAAGGGACGCAUAUUUAAGAGGUCUUCCGUCGAAGGCCUUUUUGGUGUCUAAGUCAUAUUUUCCACGUCUUGGUUGCUGGAAAGUUUCCCAUUUUCGUUACAGUGAUUUGAUCUCCCGGCUGACCGUUCAUGGUGUAAAUAAUGAAGACAGAAAUUGUGCUAAAUGUAGAAAGAAAUGCGGUUGCCUUAAAAAUUCCUCUUAGUAGGGAAGAAUGAACACAGAUAUUGCAUCAGUGUGAAUAUAAGCUUUUGCAAUCAUAAGCACACUAGUUUACUGGUGCCUGCGUCGCAUUCUGACAUUUCUUCUCACAAGCUGGAAAUUUGUAUUUAUAAAUAUAUUUUUUUGGAAGUGCUAUAACUCUUCUAGUGAGUUUUCAGUGUUUGUGCACGUUAGGAGAUUUCUUGCAAGCCGAGGGAAACGAUAUUGAUGAAAGACAAAGGUUAGGUGCCUUAUAAACCAAAGUUGUGUGAACCAAAGAUGUAAAAAAAAAACCAAUGUGUUUUGCCCAGUUACGAGAGUUUCUAAGAACUGAGAUUUUCUUUGUCUGUCUUCACCGGACCACUUAGGAACGAGCAGUGAUCUCUCGGUGCUUUCCAGCGUCUUUUUUAUUUAUUGUAAUACGUUCUUUUCUGCCAAAGCAUGAUGAAAUGCAAAGAAAAGAAACGCUCAGGCGAGAGGAUCAUUGCGAAUAUAUAUUUAUAUUUUUGAUGAAACUUGUUUUUGCUGUAAUUCUACCUCCUUGUUUAGCCAUGGAAAUGCUCAAGUUCAGCAAAUCAAGAUCUUUUGCUUCUGAACGAUUUUGUUCUGUGAGAAGGAAUUAAUUUUCUUGUCGAAACUGUACUUCUCCGAUCUACUUAUCAAGAGAUACUUACGAGUGCCUACAAGUUGCUCACGCUUGGAAAACUUUCUUCAUAAAUAGUGACAGAUGUGAAAUUUCAGAAUGUUUCUUUGUUUUAUUUUGAAGUUGAUGCUUUGAAAGUGAUAUACAUCGAACUUUGGAACACAAUGUACUAACGGAUGAGUGGCUUUUGCUCAUAUAUACAUAUACGCUGAUAUACACAUUUUUUGUAAUAGGCUUAACCAAUAUCGAAUUGUGCAAAGGUCAUUGCAUGGCUUUGCUGAUGAUUAGACAAUAGAGCACUCUUACUCACAGAUAUGUCUGUCUCAGAGGAAAGUCAUUUGUUUCUGUAUAUAAGAUUUGAUUCCAUUUUAUCAAUGUCAAUGAUUUUACGACGCUGAAGCUAGAAUUCUGACUUAUCAACUCACGUUGUUUAUAGCUUAAGUUCAUAUCUCUUUUUUUCCAUGUUCAAUUUCUUCGUUCCAUUUCUUUUCCUAAGUACUAUAGAUAUUACCAAGCUGAGUGAUAUUGCAUUCUGAACGAAGUGUACGAAACACUUCGUUCAGGUGCGCUUUCUAUUGUUAAAGGGUUUAUGAAUUUCUUUAUAUAUAUAGUAUAUACGUACAUAUAUUUUGUUUAGUCCCUCUUUCCGAAUACGUCUUAGGUCGAGUACGAAAAACGAAACUUUGAGGCUAAGUGUAAUAAAGACCAAUUUCCAAAAUUAGCUAGUCAUCUAUAUUUACAGAAAGAGUCGUCGCAACUUAUUCAUCACUUGUUAUUUUUCAUUUUUCCCAGUAUCAUCUUCUCCAGCCAUAGACAGGAUAUUCAGAGCUCAGAGAGACCCACAACAUACUACGCACCUUUCAUUAUAGUAUUGUAUUUUCACACAUAUCAGCAACUGAGUAAAUAAAAAGUAUAUGGAAUCUUCGGACACGCGCAUUUCCGCUUCGAUUCCGCAUUUUUUUUUUUUAGACUAUCGCAGCAACUGUUUUAUUUUUUAUAAUCUCAAGUGAGAUUUAAAAUAUCAGCCACUGAAAUUCUGUAACUUGGAAUGCAUAUAGCAUGUAUAAAUUUUCGUAGUAUGCAUUCAAACAUUUUCCCGUAUGAUUUCCAUUAUGUAUAGAUUAUGUGAAUUUGUUAUAUGUUCUUCGUAGACUCUAAUAAGAUUUUGUCAAUAAAAAAAGCUUAAAGUAAA